AGUUAAAACCAAUGGCACAGCAUAGCACAGUCUACAGUGUUUAUUUACUAUACGGCAUAACACUACUGGCAUAACAGUUAGGAGGAGAGAGAGAGAAAACGAGUGUAAAAAGAGAGAAAGUUAGGAGGGUGGAGAGAGAGAGUGUGUGUGCAGAGUGUGCAGGUUUGUAGCAGAAAUGGUGGCAGAUGGUUUUAACUUUAUGUGUGAAAUAAUUUUCUUCUAUCUCUCUUUUUUUUUUUUGAGUGAUUUUUUUUCUCUCUCUCUUCUCUUUUUCCUCCUGCAUCUUGUGUUAGGGAGUGAUGUUUGUGGCAGAACGAUGUGAUUGCACAGCCAAAGCUGUGGACUUGUUCUGUUAUAUGCAAAUCCAAUUGUAAUUGUAAUUGUAAUUGCAUAAAAAGCUUAAGAAGGGUGCACAGAAGAAGAAUACAAGUCUCAAACAAAACCCAUCUUACAACUACCUUUUUAUCUCUAGCCACAAUUAAGUUGAGUGGUGCUCAGUGUCACUAGGCGUAAGACCCUUUUUUGUUUCUGUUCCCUGGUUCCUUGCGUAUGAACAAGAGCUUGGUGGUGGUUGUGAGUGAUUUCAUGGUUAGGCUCGUGUGAAGUUGAAGUCCUGCAGUUGCUGCCAUGGCAUUUCGAUUUGGGGUCCUCAUUUUGCCUUUGCUAUUUUGUUUGAGUGUUAACUCUGUGCAAUCUGAUGAUGGAUCAACGAUGUUGGAGAUAAAGAAGUCAUUCAGGGAUGUGGACAACGUUCUAUACGAUUGGACAGACUCACCAUCAUCAGAUUAUUGUGCCUGGAGAGGGAUAACAUGCGACAAUGUCACAUUUAAUGUUGUUGCACUCAAUCUUUCUGGAUUGAAUCUUGAUGGGGAAAUUUCACCUGCAAUAGGGAAGCUUCAGAGCUUGGUCUCUAUUGACCUGAGAGAAAACAGGUUAUCGGGGCAGAUGCCAGAUGAGAUUGGUGACUGUUCUUCAUUGAAGAACUUGGACUUGUCAUUUAAUGAAAUUAGAGGGGAUAUCCCGUUUUCUAUUUCUAAGUUGAAACAACUAGAGAAUCUGAUUUUGAAGAACAACCAGUUGAUUGGACCAAUUCCUUCAACUUUGUCUCAGAUUCCUAAUUUGAAGAUUCUAGACCUGGCUCAAAAUAAUCUUAGUGGGGAAAUACCAAGGCUUAUAUACUGGAACGAAGUUUUGCAGUAUAUGGGCUUGAGAGGGAACAAUUUGAUUGGUUCACUAUCACCAGAUAUGUGCCAGUUAACUGGGCUGUGGUAUUUUGAUGUGAGAAACAAUAGCCUGACAGGAAGUAUUCCGGAAAACAUUGGCAAUUGUACUACCUUCCAGGUUUUGGAUUUAUCCUACAACCAGCUAACUGGAGAGAUACCAUUCAAUAUUGGAUUCUUGCAAAUAGCCACUUUGUCAUUGCAAGGCAAUAAACUCUCUGGACAUAUUCCAUCGGUGAUUGGUCUCAUGCAAGCACUUGCUGUCUUAGACUUGAGUUGUAACAUGUUAAGUGGACCAAUUCCUCCUAUCUUGGGAAAUCUGACCUACACAGAAAAACUAUACUUGCAUGGAAACAAGCUGACUGGCUUCAUUCCUCCGGAGCUUGGAAAUAUGACAAAACUUCACUAUUUAGAACUGAAUGACAAUCAUUUAAGUGGACAUAUUCCCCCUGAGCUUGGAAAACUUACUGAUUUGUUUGACUUAAAUGUUGCUAAUAACAAUCUCGAAGGAACAAUUCCUAGUAAUAUUAGCUCCUGCAAAAAUCUCAACAGCCUCAAUGUGCAUGGAAACAAGUUGAAUGGAACAAUUCCCCCUGCUUUGCAAAGCUUGGAGAGCAUGACCUCUUUGAAUCUUUCUUCCAACAAUCUUCAGGGUGCAAUUCCAAUUGAACUGUCACGGAUUGGUAAUUUGGAUACGUUGGAUAUUUCAAACAAUCAUUUAGUUGGAUCCAUUCCUUCUUCCCUUGGUGACUUGGAACAUCUUCUGAAGUUGAAUCUAAGCAGAAACAAUUUGACAGGAGUUAUUCCAGCAGAAUUUGGAAAUCUUAGAAGUGUCAUGGAAAUUGAUCUUUCAAAUAAUGAACUCUCUGGCCUUAUUCCUGAAGAACUUAGCCAGCUUCAGAACAUGCUAUCAUUGAGACUUGAAAACAACAAAUUAACUGGUGAUGUUGCAUCACUUUCGAAUUGCCUUACUCUCUCUGUGCUUAAUGUGUCCUAUAACAAACUAUUUGGUGUUAUCCCCACUAGUAACAACUUUACCAGGUUUCCCCCUGAUAGUUUCAUCGGAAACCCUGGUCUUUGUGGUAAUUGGCUGAAUUUGCCGUGCCAUGGUUCUCGACCUGCAGAGCGAGUUACAUUAUCUAAGGCAGCCAUUCUUGGAAUUACUCUCGGUGCCCUUGUGAUUCUUCUAAUGGUAUUGCUGGCAGCUUGCCGACCACACAGUCCUCCUUUUCAUGAUGGAUCACUUGACAAACCAGUUAAUUACUCGCCUCCAAAACUAGUGAUUCUUCAUAUGAAUAUGGCACUUCAUGUGUAUGAAGAUAUCAUGAGGAUGACAGAAAACUUGAGUGAGAAGUAUAUAAUUGGAUAUGGUGCGUCAAGUACAGUUUAUAAAUGUGUUCUCAAGAAUUGCAAGCCAGUGGCUAUCAAGAGGAUCUAUUCUCACUAUCCCCAAUGCAUUAAAGAAUUUGAAACUGAACUUGAGACUGUUGGCAGCAUUAAGCACCGGAAUCUGGUCAGUCUCCAAGGCUACUCUUUGUCCCCUUAUGGCCACCUUCUGUUUUAUGACUACAUGGAAAAUGGCAGUCUGUGGGAUCUUCUUCAUGGACCUACUAAGAAGAAAAAGCUUGACUGGGAUCUGCGUCUAAAAAUAGCACUUGGAGCAGCACAAGGGCUUGCAUAUCUACACCAUGAUUGCAGUCCUAGAAUAAUCCACAGGGAUGUGAAAUCAUCCAACAUUUUAUUGGACGCAGACUUUGAGCCCCAUCUCACUGAUUUUGGCAUUGCCAAAAGCCUCUGCCCCACAAAGUCUCAUACUUCUACUUACAUAAUGGGCACAAUUGGCUACAUAGACCCUGAGUAUGCUAGAACUUCCCGUCUUACUGAGAAGUCUGAUGUGUACAGUUACGGCAUCGUUUUACUUGAGUUGCUAACUGGAAGGAAAGCUGUUGACAAUGAAUCCAACCUCCACCAUCUGAUUUUGUCCAAGGCAGCAACCAAUGCUGUAAUGGAAACAGUUGAUCAAGACAUUACUGCCACAUGCAAAGACCUUGGAGCUGUGAAGAAGGUGUACCAGCUCGCUCUAUUAUGCACAAAGAGGCAGCCAGCUGACAGACCUACAAUGCACGAAGUGACAAGAGUACUUGGGAGCCUUGUGCCAUCAAACACUCCUCCAAAACAACCAGCUGCACCACCUCCUGCUCCAAACCCAUCUGCCAAAGUGCCAUGCUACAUGGACGAGUAUGCAAACCUCAAGACUCCACACUUGGUGAACUGCCCCUCAAUGAGCACCUCAGAUGCACAGCUCUUCCUCAAGUUUGGAGAAGUAAUCUCUCAGAACAGUGAGUGAGUGAGUGAGUCAUGAAAAUCAAGUCCAACAAUUAAUCAUGUAUAUUAAAACCCAAAAAAGAGAAAAAAAAAUGUGGGAUGAAGGGUAGGUACAAGGUAAUGAAAAUGUUUAUAAAAGUUUUAGUACUAGCUUUAGCCUUGUUGAUUUGAACAGGAAAAAGAUAUGGAUGUAUGAGCACCACAAUUUGAAAGGUGAAGUGGUAACCAAAUACUUGUACUUGUUUGGUAGCACACAAGGUUGCAGAAGUAAAAGUUAAGGUUCUGGGGCCAAUGUGCAGAACGUGGGGUAAGCAAAGGUCUUAAUGGUAGGGAGAAGAAGCAUUACAUAAUCUGUGAACAUCAAUAAUGCAUCGAUUCUUAGCUGGCCUGGUAUCAGUGAUCUGUCUGAGUGCUGCCAGUUUUCUGCAGAGUCCAUCCAUUACCUCUUUUAUUACCUCAGGCCAUUUGUUCAGUAAAGUGCCAUGAAAUUAUUUCAUCAAAUUUUGGGUCAUUGGCUUCCUCUGCCAGGGCUCAGAUAUGCCAUUGGUUUCCGUGCCAUGUUGACUCAAAAAUGUUUAAUGCGUUCAGUGUCAUCAAUUGAACAAUUUUCACCGGUUGAAAAAUGAAUGCAAGCUCUGUAACUUUUUCUUGGUGGUAAAA